AUGGGUUUCAUGCUGAAGAAGCCUGAUCAGGCAGCGGGCUCGGCCGCCCCUGCCAUCAUUGUUGGCCUGUUUGCCGCCUUUGGAGGUAUUCUCUACGGAUAUGACACCGGCACUAUCAGCGGUAUCAUUGCCAUGAAGAAGUGGCGCGAGAUGUUCUCCACUGGCUACGUGAACCCCAAGGAUGGACUUCCCGAUAUCACCUCCUCCCAAUCUUCCAUGAUUGUCUCUCUGUUGUCUGCUGGUACUUUCUUCGGUGCUCUCUGUGCCGCCCCCGUGGCCGACCGCUUUGGUCGUCGCCUGGCUAUGAUCCUCGACUCCUUCGUUUUCUGCUUCGGUGUCAUUCUGCAGACUGCCGCCACCCGCAUCCCUCUAUUCGUGGCUGGUAGAUUCUUCGCCGGCUUUGGUGUUGGUCUCCUCUCGGCAACCGUUCCCCUUUACCAGUCGGAGACUGCCCCCAAGUGGAUCCGUGGUACUGUCGUCGGCGCCUACCAGCUGGCCAUCACCAUCGGUCUUCUGCUCGCCUCCAUCGUCAACAAUUCCACCAAGGACCGCAUGGACACUGGCUGCUACCGCAUCCCUAUUGCUAUCCAGUUCGCCUGGGCCAUCAUCCUGGUGACGGGUAUGCUCAUCCUGCCCGAGACUCCCCGUUUCCUGGUCAAGCACGACCGUCACGAGGCUGCGGCUCAAGCGCUCGCCCGUCUGCGCCGUCUCGAUGUCAACCACCCCUCCAUCGUUGAGGAGCUCUCCGAGAUCCAGGCCAACCACGAGUACGAGCUCAGCGUUGGCAAGGCCAGCUUCGGCGACAUCUUCCGUGGCACUCUGGGCAAGCGUCUGCUCACAGGCUGCUUGGUCCAGGCCCUGCAGCAACUGUCUGGUGUCAACUUCAUCUUCUACUACGGAACCACCUUCUUCCAGAACUCUGGCAUCAAGAACAGCUUCACCAUCACCUUGAUCACGAACAUCGUCAACGUGUGCUCCACCUUCCCCGGUCUCUGGCUCGUUGAGAAGUGGGGUCGUCGUCCUCUCCUUUUGUUCGGAGCCGUUGGCAUGUGUGUCUGCCAGUUCAUUGUCGCCAUUGUCGGCACAGCUACCGACUCGGAAGUCGCCAACAAGGUGCUGAUCGCCUUCGUCUGCGUCUACAUCUUCUUCUUCGCUUCCACCUGGGGUCCCACUGCCUGGACGGUGACCGGUGAGCUGUUCCCCUUGAAGGCUCGCGCCAAGUGCCUGUCAAUCACGACUGCCUCCAACUGGCUCCUGAACUGGGCUAUUGCCUACGCCACCCCCUACAUGGUGGACUCCGGCCCGGGCAACGCCAACCUCCAGUCCAAGGUGUUCUUCAUCUGGGGUGGGUUCUGCGCUAUUGCCGGUGUCUUCGUGUACAUGUGCAUCUACGAGACCAAGGGGCUUUCUUUGGAGCAGGUCGAUGAGCUCUACGCCAAGGUGUCUUCUGCCUGGCGCUCGCCCGGCUUUGUUCCCUCGGUGCACUUCACCGAUGUUCGGGAUGUGGCCGAGGGCAAGGCUCGUGGCACUCUCGGGGAGUUGGAGCAUGAUGCUCAGAUGAAGCGUGAGCACGAGCACAUUGAGUCUGCCUAA